AUGGUUCUGGAUAAAAGGCUUAUCGAGAGAAGCCUUUCUGUGAAAGAAGUGGCGUUUCUGGCUGAACAAGAACCAAUUUCAAUUCUUCCAAGGUACACAAUGAACGGCAUCAAGCUUAUUGGGCGAGAUAUGAAGAAGCUAAAGCCUUUACAAAAAACAGACGUGCCGUUAUGGAUUGCACUAUUAUUAAAAAAGCAGCACAAAUGUAACAUAGUAAUCCCCCCAUGGCUGAGUGUCCCAUAUUUGAAGAACAAACACGCUGAAGAACAGAGGUUAAAAGACCGAGUCACAGAUCUUCCUUGGCAUUGGAUACCUACGGCCAAACUUCUUUUGGAGGCCUGCCCUGACGACUUUAUUGACUCUCCACAUGAGAUUAGGUCAUUAAUACAAGACUUGCGAGAAGUUCGAUUGUUGAAAACACGGCAAGGUUUCACUCAGAUAGACGAUGAUUAUUUGGAGCUUACUGGUUUAAGUUUAAUGGAAAUCAACGAAAUAAGGCCCUUCUUAUUACAAACUAUGGAUAAGCUACAUGACCUAAAGAAAGUCUCAGCAGAGGAAGAUGUAAACAAUGCCGAAAAGGGGGAUUAUUCCAGACACAACUCGAAUCAUGAAAACCUAAAUGAAAAUUACAAUCAUAACAUUAACAUUAAUAGCAGCUUCCAGGGAAAUGGCAGCCGGUAUGACUCGUCAGAUGUAGACGAAGAGCUUUCUCACAAUGUUUCUGCAAAUGAUGCUACUCUUGUGGAGCAACAACCUGCACCAAUGCCUGCUACGAAAAGACAAAGAGUUGGACCUCGGGCAAACACAAGCACAGAAGCCCAUACAAACAACAUGGCUUCAGAUUCAGAUUCAGAUUCAGAUGUAGAAUAUAGGCGCUAA